AAGCUACUUUCAUUUCAGAGCGAUGUGAUCAGGAAGUCCACAGAAGUUUAGCUCCAGAAGCUCAGGCCCGGAAGCAGUUAAACAUGAACCGGAGUGGCACGUCUGUCCAUUCAUCUCUUUACAAUAGUCGACAAUAGCUGGAGGUCUGAGUGAAGGAGAGACUGCUGACUAAAAAAAGAAUUACUCAUGUGAUGAGUGGACAGAAGAGGGCGUCCCGAUCGGCUUUCACAUGCUACAAAUAUCUCAGGGGGAUGUGUCUUCAGGCUGCAGAGCUCAGACCCUCGUGGACUUCAGACAUGGAUCGAGAUUUGAAGAUCGAGGGAUGUGACCUGAACAUCAAGACCAACAAUGAGAGCCACCACACGGACCAGUGUCCAGACCAGCGCCUGAUCGUCCGCAGAGGUCAGCCGUUCACCGUCAGCCUGCUUCUGAAGCCGGGAGGAGACGUCGGCGGACAUGUGGAAAACCUCACAUUCAUCGUAGAAACAGGUCCCCUGCCCAGGAAGGAGUCGAACACCCGAGUGACCUUUGGCCUCAGCAAGUCCACCGCUGAAAAAGAGUGGAGCGCGUCCAGAGUGGAAGAUGAGUCCAAGGACAGGAUCUCUGUGAGCAUCAAUUCCUCCCCCGAUGCACCAGUGGGAGUCUACCAGCUCUCUGUGGACCAGGACGGACGGGAGACCCCCUUGGGACAGUUCACCCUGCUGUUCAACGCCUGGUGCCCCCAUGAUGCCGUGUUCAUGCACAGCGAGAGGAAGAGGCAGGAGUAUGUUCUAUCGCAGCACGGGCAGAUCUUCCGAGGGACUUGGAAGAGGAUCAAAGGAAUUCCGUGGGACUUUGGGCAGUUUGAGUCAGGCAUCCUGGACAUCUGCCUGAAGAUCCUGGACCAAAACCCCAAGUUCAUAUCUGAUGCCAACCAGGACUGCUCUUCCAGGAGGAGCCCCAUCUACGUGACCAGAGUUCUGAGUGCCAUGAUCAACAGCAACGAUGACAGCGGUGUGCUCGUCGGCUCCUGGAGCGACUUCACCGGUGGUGUUCACCCGGGCACUUGGAUCGGCAGCGGGGACAUCCUGCGCCAGUGGUCCGAGAGUGGGCCGGUCCACUUUGGCCAGUGCUGGGUCUUUGCUGCUGUCGGGUGCACAGUAUCCCGAGCUCUCGGUAUCCCCUGUCGAGUCGUGACAAACUUUGGCUCGGCCCAUGAUACGGACGCCAACCUGGUGAUCGAGAACCUUUACGACCAGGACGGCGAGAGAAUCUCCGAUGAUUCUGUUUGGAACUUCCAUGUGUGGGUGGACAGCUGGAUGACCCGUCCGGACUUGGGAGACAAAUAUGACGGCUGGCAGACCAGUGACCCAACACCUCAGGAGACCAGUGGCGGUGUCUUCUGUUGUGGACCUGCUCCUCUGAAGGCCAUCAAGGAAGGCGAGCUGACCAGGAAGUACGAUGCCCCAUUCAUUUUUGCUGAGGUCAACGCAGACGUGGUGGACAAAGUCCAGCUGUCCACUGGUGAGUUUGUCCAGUUCAGUGGAUCUACCAAGUCGGUGGGGCGCUUCAUCAGCACCAAAGCCGUGGGCUCGGACGAACGCCGCGACAUCACUCACCAGUACAAGUAUCCCGAAGGAUCAGAGGACGAGCGGCGGGUGUAUGAGAAGGCCACGCACCACAACAAGCUCCAGAAACAAGGAAUCGAGCCAGGACUCCAUUUGAAGAUCAAGCUGGCAGACAACAUGACCGUGGGCUCGGACUUCGAGGUUCACGCCAUCCUCACCAACAAUAGCAUGGCGGCCAGAACCUGCACCCUGCUCUUCUUCGCCAGAUCGGUCAGCUACAACGGGAAACAAGGAGACAGCGUCGGCUUCUCAUCCGACAAAAUGGAGGUCCCCUCCGGUGAAGAGAGGCGCUUAACCCUCCACCUGCAGUACGACAACUACGGGUCCGUGAUCACGCCAGACAGACUGAUCCUGCUGUCUGUCAUCGCCAUCGACAAGCAGACCAUCGAAUACCACAAAGCGGAGAAGACAAUCGUUCUGGACGAGCCGUCGAUCGACAUCAAGCUGGAGGGUGAAGUCAGGGUGAACCAGUUGAUCACAGUCCAGGUGACGCUGGUCAACCCUCUCCCGGAGACACUCAGGGGCUGUAGCUUCACACUGGGAGGAGUAGGACUCACCGAUGGACGGCCGGUGUCACUGAAGUUGGACGAUGUUGGUCCUGGACAAGAGGCGCGGGGCAGCGCUGCGCUGACGCCUCUCAUGGCUGGAGCCACGGCUCUGCUGGUCAGCUUCGACAGCGACCACCUGAAGAACAUCAAGAGCUCAGUUAACAUUGUUGUGAAGGAAUGACGAUCACAACUGUCAUGCCAUUUUUGUAAUCUGCACAUUUUGUCAAUA